CAGACAAAGUAUCUUAUAGCUCUGAAGAGCCUGUGCGAUGCAGGAGUGGUUGAUCCCUACCCACCCCUCUGUGACAUCAAGGGUUGUUACACCGCUCAGUUUGAGCACACAAUACUGUUGAGGCCAACAGUGAAAGAAGUGAUCAGCCGAGGAGAUGAUUACUAGGAGUUUUGUUUUAAACCCUUUCACUUUCAAGAUCUAAAUAUAACUUCUCAGCACUGUUGGCUACACAUUCUUAGUAAGUAAGUAGUGAGGAUCUGGUUUUUAAUCAAGUAGUAUCUGCUUGUUGAUAAUUUUCUUUCUUCUCAUCACGACUGUGCUCAGAAGUGUAUUGCACUUGUAAGGAGAAUUUCUUUUUUGGUCACCACUGGGAGUGAAAGGGUUAAUCCUAUCUUAACUAACUUAAAUACUUAAAUUAAAGUAUUAAGAAAACCAAAA